CAUGGAGGCUCAGUCUCGCAGCAGCCAUUGAAGGGGAAGGAACUGCGGGCGCGCGCGUGUCUCUGUGUGUGAAUGUGUGUGCGUGCCCGUGUGUGCGCGCGCGGGUGUGUGGACUAGAAGGUGGGGGCAGCCGAGUUCGUCCCAAGUCGUCGGACUCCAUUUGCUAUUCUUUUCUUUCUCCCCCACACCCCGGUGGUAGUGGGCGUCCGUCUUUGCGUCUCUUUUCAUUCAUCUCCAGACCUUUAGAGGUUUUUUAGGGUUGGGGGCAGUGGGGCGGGCGCGCGAGGGGAAAGGAGGAGGACAUGGAGAUGAAGAAGAAGAUUAACCUGGAGUUGAAGAACAGAGCCCCGGAGGAGGUGACAGAGUUAGUCCUUGAUAAUUGCUUGUGUGUCAAUGGGGAGAUCGAAGGCCUCAAUGACACCUUUAAAGAACUGGAGUUUCUUAGUAUGGCCAACGUGGAAUUGAGUUCCUUGGCCCGGCUUCCCAGCUUGAAUAAACUUCGAAAGUUGGAACUCAGCGACAAUAUAAUAUCUGGAGGCUUGGAAGUCCUGGCAGAGAAAUGUCCAAAUCUUACCUACCUCAAUCUGAGCGGAAACAAAAUCAAAGAUCUCAGUACAGUAGAAGCUCUGCAAAAUCUUAAGAAUUUGAAAAGUCUCGACUUGUUUAACUGUGAGAUCACAAACCUGGAGGACUACCGAGAAAGCAUUUUCGAGCUGCUGCAGCAGAUCACCUACUUAGAUGGAUUCGACCAGGAGGACAACGAGGCCCCCGACUCGGAAGAGGAGGACGAGGAGGAUGGAGAUGAAGAUGAGGAUGAUGAGGAGGAAGAUGAAGCUGGUCCACCUGAAGGGUAUGAAGAGGAGGAGGAAGAGGAGGAGGAAGAUGAGGAGGAAGCAGGUUCAGAAGCGGGAGAGGGAGAAGAGGAGGUGGGCCUCUCAUACUUAAUGAAAGAAGAAAUUCAGGAUGAAGAAGAUGAUGAUGACUAUGUUGAUGAAGGGGAGGAAGAGGAAGAAGAGGAAGAAGAGGGUGUGCGGGGAGAGAAGAGGAAGCGAGAUGCUGAAGAUGAUGGAGAGGAAGACGAUGACUAGCCCCUCCAGGAGGAGGUUGCUCCUGGGUGUGCAGUAGAGCGGCCAUGUCUUGUUUCUUCAUGUAUGAUAGCUGUCCCUAGAGGUGAAGUGCAACUUUUAUAGGAAAGUGCGGUUUUACUAUUUGGCCUUACCAUUCCGACUGAGAUCUGCUUGUCUGUUAAUCAUAAUGUAUGUAGAAAAAAAUUUUCAUUCAUCUUCCCGUUGUGAAAUUCUCUAGCACUGUAUUUAGAUUCUGGAUUUUUAUAAUUCAUGCUUAAUGUAUUAGACAUUUCUAGCUCAUAAUUAAAACAUGGUUGCUUUUACACAGGCGUAGUUUGCAUUUCAUUCAUAAUGUUUUAAAGUUAUUUAUAAAUUAACAAUACACUCAGCUGUAAUAUGAAAUGGCAAGUCUCUUGAGUGAUAAAGCUGAUUGGUUUUGUUUUUUUUUUUUAAGAGAUGAUCCAGAAAUCGAUAGCUUGAAGGCAGUUUUGGGGGCUGGGUGGUAUGUGAGAGCUUUCCUGUCACGGUUUGGGAAGUAGAUGCAGAGGGAGAGGGUUCUCCUCAGCACCACGGCCGCGGAGACUCGCAGGGGAGCCCUGCUGUGCCAGCAGGUUGCUGGUUCAGGUGUGCGCUGUCUCCAGCUGCUGUCUACCCUCACCCUCCAUUGCUUCAUUCCUCUCCAUAGCCAAAAGAGAGCUGGCAGAGUUGUGGACACCCAGGAAAGUGUCUGGGUUUCAGACACGUGGCGUGGAAGAGAUUCUGUAUCAGUUGAGCAGUGUUGAGCGCUAGGCGUGUGAGGAGACAGGCUUUGCUUACUGUGAAAUGCGUGAACCGUGCCAGGCUAAAGCGUUCUCCUUUCUCAGAGGCCAGACCCAUCACCUGCUGAUAACUAAUAAUGCCUUCAAGUCUAAUUCCUAAGUUGUUUUCCUGGCUGAUUCGGGUACCAAUGCUGUGAGGUAUUUAUUAUAUUUCUGAGUAGAACCUUUAAUUUUUCUUCCUAUAGUUUCAAAGUGUGAUCAAAUACAGCAUUUGAUUGGAAUAUAAUGGCAGUUGGAGGACUGUAUGAAAAUCAGUAUUGAAGUUGGGCUUUAUUUCAAGUGGUUGCCUAUUAACAAUAGAACAUUGGAGUAAGCGUAUGUGCCCCUCCAUGGCCACUACGUAAACGGAGUCGACAGCUCCCUUUUCUUGUCCCAGAGGCCCCACGUUCAAGGCAAUUUGUUUUUAACUCUUGGCCACUGAUUUUUCUUUUCCUUUUGUAUAUCUUUUUUUUUUUUUUAAGUUACUGUCAGCAAAUUAAUUGAAAUUCUUUGCCUCUACUGGGACACAGAAAUUGUUCAUAAGAGUGGACUGUUGCUUUUUAAAUUUAAGAUGUUUGACACGAUAUUUUAAAAUAACAAGUAUAAAAAUAUUUGCAGAGAAGCUAACAAAGUUGCAUAUCUGAAGUAAACGUGUUCUAGAUUCUGUGCUGGUACUGGGAUCUCCAAAAACUACUGUUUUCCUCAUUUCAGCCUGCUUCUAGUCCCUGAGAACUCUCUCAGCACACGGUGCCAGGUUCAAAAUAAAUGCUUAUUUUUAAAAAGGAAAUCUAUAUAUUGACUUUUUUUUAAUCAAUCAUCUAUUGUGCAAUCAGAAUUAGAGUUCUUGGGUUUAAAAACAAUGACUAGGGCCUCCAAAUAACCAUUAAGACUUACUUAGCUUUGUGGGUGGUGUUUUCAUGCAAAUGAGCAAGGGUGGGCUCUCUGUUGUGUAGUUCUGAGUUAGGUUUUAACGCUCUGUACCGCCUGUGUACACGGUAUGUUAGUCCUUAUAGACUGAAAUUACUGCUUUUGUGCAACUGUAUUUUGAAUAAAGCCACCUCAGUGUUAAACACAAGGACAGGCAAACGGAUUGUGUGUUCUUUUUUUCUGACUGCUGUAAUUUGAAACUGAAUUGCUUUGAAUAAAUCGAAGAGUUGUUAAUAAUGA